AUGCAGCGGCUGCAGUCGUGGCUCGAGGGUUUCCCGCUCGGUCGAGGCGGUCGCGAGCGGCGCUCAAGAAAAGCCUCACAUUCCGCCGCCCCGACCUGCCGUGCCCCGGACCCAAAUUCACAACCUCGCCGUCAGCGCUCCUUCCUCGAGCCCAAAAAGCCGAGAAAGUACCUGGAACCGGUGGAAUUACCCCAAGUGCCGGCCAUCUACGCAGACCCGUGGGACAAGCUGCCGCCAAGGGAUUUACCGAUGGGCGGCUCGCUCAGCCAGUCAUUUUCGUCGUCUAGAUCCUCCAACAUACGCACAAACCCCUGGAUCCAGCGUGAUAAGGACCGCGCGUCGAUGCGUGUCAUGCGGAAACCUGACCAUACCAUCAACCGUGACCACAGCUUCUCGUCGAUGGACCGCUCGCAUCUGCGAGUGAAAAGCUUCGAGGAGUCGGUGUGCUCCUCCGGCUACGGCAGUCAGGACAGCAGCCCCGAAUCCUCGGUCCACUCGCCAAAUUGGCAAACCGCCAGAGCGGACAAGGCCAUCGAGUGCCGCUCAAUUGACGUGGAUGAAGCGCUGGGGUUCGUGGAGGAAUCAUCGUCAUUCUCCCCCUACGACAACCUGCGCUUCAAUGACUCGACGGAGCACAUCUACCACGAGCUGGAGUCGCUAACCCGUAUCUCUCGAGUCCUCGAUGACCGUGACCGUGCGUACGCUUCGGAUUCCGAAUGCCCCUCUUGCUCCUCGCCCACCUCAUUCUCCCGCCGCAACUCCCCUAUCUACGCCAAGCCGUACGAGGGCCCGAUGGCCCGGCCGUACGUCGAGGAGAUGUAUGACAACAGUUACCGCUCAAAAAGCUCGUCACGUGCCGCUGAAAUUCGCCACCAGCCGGAACCUAUCUACGCCUCGGUGAAGCCAGUGAGACCCAGGAUGCUGCCGGUGAUCCCACAGACCUAUUCCAUGGGCAUCAUGCCGCGGCCACUGCCCCCGCUUCUCCGUCCCGAACCAAUCCGCGCGACGCGGCCAGCGCCCACCUUCUGCGCCCCGCCACCUCCGCCCCUGAACCUAGACGACGAGCUGGAGAGGGCCGAGAUGGACUUCCUUGCCGAACUUGACGCUCAGAUUGCCGAGCUGCAGAUCAUCGAAUUUGAAUGGGUGCGCUCAAACGACGGGACGACGGUCGUCAAGGAAAUCCUUGAAUACAAGCACGAGCCGGAUGAGCCGACGCUCAACCUGACGCGCUGCCGGAUCUCGCGCAUCCCGUGGCUGCCGCUUCCGAAGCUCGACCAGCUACCGGUUUUUAGAUGGAAUUUGAUCCAACGCAUCGAGGGUCUCGGCGCGCUGCGCUCGUUGACGAUGCUCAACUUGUACGAUAAUCAGAUCACAAAAAUCGAAAAUCUCGAGACGCUGACGAAUUUGGAGGAGCUCGACCUGUCGUUCAAUCGCAUCGAGAAAAUUGAAGGCCUCGAGACGCUAACCCGGCUGAAGAAGCUCUACCUCGUCCACAACAAGCUGCGCAAAAUAGAGGGCCUUGAGACGCUCGUCAACCUGGAGCUGCUCGAGCUAGGCGACAACCGAAUCCAGGGCAUCCGCGGGCUGGAGCGCCUCGAAAAGCUGCACACCCUCUGCCUGGGGUCGAAUCAGAUCAAGAAGAUUGAAAAUCUGGAACCGGUUGCAUCGACAUUGCGCUCGCUGGCGAUGCCCGGCAACGUGUUAACCAAGAUCGAAAACCUGGAGCAGAUCACCGGCCUCGAGCAGCUCUUCAUCGCCCAGAACGGCCUGAAACGCAUCGAGGGUAGGGAAAAAACCUCUUGGAAAAACGGUUAUAUCUUAUUCAGCCUCGACCAGCUCGCCAACCUCGAAUACCUCGACGUCAACGACAACAAAAUCAAGAACAUUGAAAACCUGCACCGCCUCCCCAAGCUGAGCACCUUCUGUAUCCGGAAUAAUCAGCUGACCGGCUGGGAGCAGCUGGAGCCGCUCAAGCUGGUGCCAUCUCUCCGAAAAGUGGCAUUCGAGAUGAACCCGCGCGUCUACUCCAACAGCCAGGAGUACCGCAACCGGAUCAACGCCACUCUUCCUCAAGUCGAAGAGGUAGACGGCUUCCCGGUGAAGUGGCGCUCCGGGGACCCGUGGCAGGACUUGGCGGCACAUAGCAGCGGCGACGAGGAG